AUGGAGUCAAGAGCAUCGUGUCUGCUGAUGAUCUGCUGUUUUAUCAAUGUUAGCAACCUUCAUCCACUCAUUCGUCCCAGUAAUGGACUUGGCAAAUGUCGGAAAAAUUCAAGUUUGACAGCGCUGGAGGUUCUACCAGGAGGAGGCUGGGAUAACCUGCGCAACAUAGACAUGGGCCGGGUGAUGAAUCUGAGCUAUUCCCAGUGUCAGACCACAGAAGAUGGUGUCUAUCUCAUUCCAGAUGAAGUCUUUGUCAUUCCACAGAAAGUGAGCGGAGUGGAAACAAACUCUGAGAUCAUCACGUCAUGGCUGAACCAGACAAGCUCCACAUCAAGCUCCAUCAAUGCAGAUGUUUCCUUCCUCUCUGUGCUCAAUGGAAAAUACUCAGAAGAAAACCGACGUAUGAAAACUCACCAAGUGAAAGAUAAUUCUGUAACAUCACGGGUUCAAGUCCGUAACCAUCUGUAUACAGUAAAGGCGUAUCCUGACUUCACUCUGGACUCCCGCUUUGCUCAACAGGCAGUGGAAAUUGCAGAUGCCAUCGAAAACAAUCAAACUCGUCAAGCAACAUAUCUGUCAGAGAAACUCAUUCUUGAUUAUGGCACCCAUGUCAUCACAAGUGUUGAUGCUGGUGCCACUUCGGUGCAAGAGGACUAUUUAAAAAAGUCUUUUGUGUCCAGCAGUCAGUCAGACAUGUCUUCUAUUUCUGCAUCAGCAGGACUUAACUUCUUUGACAAACUUAAAUUUGAUAUUAGCAGCAAAGAAUCUCAAGAAAGCUCUGAAAUCCGGGGGUAUCAGAGUAAUGUUGCAUAUUCUUUAAUGCAGAGCCAUGGAGGAGCUUUAUUCUACCCAGGCAUCACUCUGCAGAAGUGGGAAGAGAGUACACUCAAUAAUCUGGUGGCUAUUGACCGCUCUGGGCUACCGAUUCACUAUUUUCUGAAUCCAACUACAUUCCCAGACCUCCCAGUACCAACAGUAAAUAAAAUGGCUUCAUCAGUUCGUCAGGCUGCAGAGCAAUACUAUGAAGUAAACAAACGUCCAGGGUGCGUUAAUCCAGAUUCCCAAAAUUUUAACUUCCAGGCAAACAUAGAUGAUGCUUCCUGUGAGGGUCCAAUCACCAAUCUUAGCUUUGGUGGCAUUUACCAAACAUGCGUUUCAUUGAAAUUAGAUGGAAAUGUAAUCUGUGGUGAAACAGCACAGAAAAACCCAGCUACUGGUGAUUAUUCUUGCCCUCCAUAUUACUAUCCCACUUUAUUACACUCUGAAAUAGUACAACAAGGUUAUAAUAUUCAUGAAUGCUAUACAUAUUCUGAAGAUUGUGGUUUCCUUGAUUUGUCUUCUUGUGAGCAAAUAACAUGUAAUGAUUUUUACCAUGUCCGUCAAGCAAAAGUGGACACCUACUGGUGUUCUGCAACUCAGAAAAUCCCUGAAUACUCUGGCUACCUCUUUGGAGGUCUAUACGGACCAUCUUUACAAAACCCACUGACCAAAUCCAACAGCUGUCCUCCAAACUACUUUGCUCAAAAGUUCUUGUCUAAUGGCAUGAUGGUUUGUAUGAGCAAUGAUUAUGAGGCCGGAACAAGAUUCUCUGUGCCUUUUGCUGGUUUCUUCAGCUGCCAAUCUGGCAACCCUCUUGCAAAGGGUCAAAAUCGCUGUCCACCUCAGUUCAGCCAACAUCUUGCUGCCAUUAGUGAUGGCUGUCAGAUAUUGUACUGUGUCCAGUCCGGUGUGUUCACUGGUGGUCAGUUAAAACCUGUCCACCUCCCACCAUUCACAAGCCCACCGCUGGUUGGCAUGAUUGCAACAAACACUGUAGCUGUAAUGACAGAAGGUGAUCGUUUUUGGGUGAGAGUUGGAGAAACAAAGAUGUGGAGACUGGCAAAGCCUGGUGAGCUCAACCGAAAGAAAAUGGCAUCAGUGUUUGACACACCAUCUUCACAGAUGUCUGGAGGAGAAAAGGCUGGUGUAGCUGUCGGUGUAAUCGUUCUGGUUGCUCUUGUGGUUGCAGGAACAGUGUUUUUAAUGAAAAAAAGGGGAUCUUCUGGCCUCAGAGUAAGCAGAGGGUAUCAGGAGCUUUAGAAUGAGGCCAGAAUUAGUUAGUUGGCGUAGAUUGAACAUAACAGAAC